CGGCUCGUGCGUCCCUAGCAACGGCGGCGCGGCGUCACGUGAGCACAAGCGGGGUGUCAAUGGGCGGCAUGGCGUGACUGGGGCAAGGCCAAUGUUCAGCAAGGAGGGCUUCAAGGCCGCAGCGUUGCUGGCAGGGGCUGGGGUGGCCUCGGGGGCCUUGGGGAUCUACUACUUAUGGAGACACCACAAGGGUCCCCUUCUCUUGGAUGCCCUGGGGCAGCAGGAGUUGGUGUGGGCCACAGCCAAGUCAGAAGAGCUGUUCCUGCUUGAGGACCAAGAAGCCCCCAGUGGGGUCUCAGAGGAGCAGGCUGAAAUCCGGUGGCAUCUCGACUCCAUACAAACCUGCUUGAAUGGCCUGAAGGAUGAGGUGGCCUCCCUGAGAGGCUGCAUCCAGGGCAUUGUAGAGAAGCAGGUUAGCCUGAAGAAAUACAAGACUGCCAGGAGGAAGAAGAGGAGAUAUGAAUCCAAGCGAGACAGCGAUGAUUCCGCAGAAUCUGUCUCCAUCUACUUCACAGCAAAUGCUGGGAAACCCUCAGACAGUGAGAGUGAAGCAGGACAAAUAGAAAUCCCUGCAGGUAUGGACUGUUCCAUGCUGGCAUUCACAGCUGCAUCAUUCACAGAUGACAGGGCUGGCCCGGAGAUGGACUCGUCACUUCUUCAAUUUCAACAGGAGAUUGGUUUUACAACACCAAGUAAUGAAACAGAAAUAGAGAAGGAUGAAGAAGAGGUCAGCGAUUUGGUGCAGGUUCUGAAUUUCUCCCCUCCCACGGAGCCAGAGGCUGACUCCUCUAUACAGUCUUUGAAAUCACCCAUAGAUGAAGAAAGUGAAAUGAAUUCACUCCUGCAACAAGUAGACACACUGCACGAUGGGACGAAAGAGGAGCAAGAACAAGGGUUCAAUAUCCUUUUGGACAAUAAAAAUAAGUAUGGCAAGAGAAAGGAGUUCUGCUGGCGAAUGAUUCGUGCCUAUAGUGACAUGUUCCAGCUGACAGAAGAUAAAGAAACACAGAAAUGCUACGCUUUGGCCGGAAGAGAUGAAGGAAAUGCCAGUUUGAAGGACCACGCAGACAGCAUAGAAUGCCAGAUUUGGCUUGCGAUUGUGAGUGGGUAUCUGGAUGAACACGAAGCAGAGGAUAGGUCUGAAGGAAAUGAUGAAGUCAAGGAGAUAGAAGAUGAGGCUGGUGUGCUCAUUGAACUCACUAACAGUUUGGACAACAUAAAAAUUCCUGAUGUUGUCCCUCUUGACGAUGCACCUGAAACGGCAGAGGUCACAGACAAAGUUGAAGAACAGGGCGUGCAGUCACGACAUGCAAGUAACAUUUUAGUCGAAGUGAUUAACAGUUGUGACACUGCAUUCUUGCAGCAUUCUGCCAGUUCUAUUGCUGAUUCAAGCGAGAUAGUGGAUAUUCACGACAGAAACAUACAACAGGACAUGAAGGCGCUAGAUGAAGCUAAUCUGAUGGUUGAAUUCAUCGAUGGUUAUCACAUCACGUACAGGAGUGAGUGCAACCUUCUAGCCCCCGAUGUGGCGAAGUCAGUAGCAGCCACGGACAGCGAUAAUGACCAGGAUGAACCUGAUGAGGUCAAAGAUGCAAAAUAUUGAACAGACAGUGUCUGAAGAGCCAGCAAACCAUGGCAUGACUGCUUAUGACGGCAGGAAUGGCCAGCACAACAAAUCUUCCUACAGCCAGGGUUAACGAUUUGAUUUAAAAUAAAACCAAAUGGUACUUGAGCAUUUUAUAAAUAAUGAGAUUUCUUAAAACACCAGUCAAUUCUCUCUUCCACUGCCUCUGUACAUCAUGCUUCUUUAACGUUUGUAAUAGGGUACUUGUGGCUACAAUUGCCUCACAAUAAAUAUGCUUUGGGUUUAAACAUGCAAGCACAGAGGAAUAAGAAAUAUUCAAUGUUGUUUUUCACGCUUGGGCUAGGAGCAGGUAAUGGAAUUAAAAUAAUUUAGCCCUGGAUUUCUUUAACUACUGGUUUUAGGUUUAAAUUAUUAAACUCGUUAUGCCAAAUUAAACAAGGUUUUUGUUCCAUUGUGUAGCAAGGACCCAAUCGAAGAUUUUAUUUACAUUUGAGUUGCGUGAAUUUUAAAAGUCUACAACCUAUUUAGCCCAGCAUCAACUUUACAAACGCAGCCAGAGUGGCCAGGGGAAGUUCUGUAUGAUUGUAUUCUAUAAACUGCAGUAAAUGCAGCCACAUGCACAUACAUAAACUCCUAUUGCUGGCAAUAUUCAGUGGGGUAAGAGGGACUACAUGUAGGAAGUGACCAACCUCUUUCAAGUGGCUUGCAUCAGCCAGAUUAAAGAUCUAUCCUCUGGCAAUUGCUGCGGAAAAAAAAGUAAUUGAGAGUAUUCAAUAAAGUUGUGAUUUUCAUCAUGUAAUAUUAGAGGGGCAGUUGAAAGUAGUAAGUCGUGUGAUGGACCUGCAGGAAUCUGUUUAAUCUGCAUUAGAAAGCCCAAGCAUAAGUUACCAAAACUGAAUUUCAUGAUUGUGCCAUUGGUUGCAGUCAAGGAAUUUACCAUCUCAGAGUUCAGUUUUCAUACUGCUGCAUAUAUAGAACAGUCUUUUGCCAAUUGCUUUUACCAAUUGCACUUUUACAAAUGAGCACUCUUCUCCAGCAGUGACAGUAAGAAAAAAUGUAUUGAGGUGGUAAGUUUCAGCUUGCAGAGAUACAACAACAGAAACCUGCCCCUGAUGGCCGUGCGGGUGGGGGAGAUGGAGUAGUAAGAGACGGAGACACAAAAUUCAAGUUAGGAAUGGGAACGGAGUGGAAGCUCCGAAGGAAAAGGAAGGAAGGACAUCUUUCAGUAGGUCGAACAAUUGAGAACAGGAUAGGUCUGGAUUGGAGCAGCAGAACCACUUUUGGUUUGACUAACAUUGGACAAAGCAGCUCGCCACAGACCUCCACCCUACGCAAGCAAAAAGCUAAUUUCAGGAUUCCAAAUACAGGCGUAAACAGAUGGAUUACGAGCAGCAUGAAGGUUAGCACUGGUGCUACGGAGCAAUCUGAAUUGUCCUGUAAACCAAUUAACCAACAACCUUGUCUUCAAUCGUUUUUUUAUAAAUGUGCAUUAGCCCCCC